CGAAUUUUUACAACGAUGAUGAGUAUAGUGCUUUGAUGCCCGGCAUGAAAGACUUUGUUUCAGUUCGAAAUGAUGAUGGUAAUCGGGUACACGUCCAAAAACGGCUUGUUCUGUCUAAUUUAAAAGAACUUUACCAAUGUUUCCGUGAAAUAAACCCUGCAGAGAAAGUUGGAUUUUCGAAAUUUGCUUCGUUACGGCCGAAACAUUGUGUGUUAGCAGGAGCAAGUGGAACGCAUACUAUCUGUGUAUGUACUAUCCAUCAAAACUUAAAGUUGAUGAUGCUUGGUGCAAAUGUUCAUUCUUUAACGAGGAAUACAGAAAAGUCGUUGAAACACUAUAAUGAUUGCUUGGACAUGAUAAUAUGUGAGACUCUAACAGAAAAAUGUUAUUUGGGUGGAUGUAACAAGUGUCCAGGGGGUAGAUGAGUUGAGUAACAUUUUACUGACAUGUUUUGAGAAUCAUGAAAUCGAGAAUGUCACGUACAAGCGUUGGGUAUCAAAACCAAGGUGCAGUUUAGAAACUUUUAUACAGCCUACAGAAGAAUUUAUUGAAAACCUUUGUAGUGAAUUGAAAGUUCUUCUACCUCACUCAUUCAUUGCAAAAGAACAAGCUAAGUUUUUAAAAACAUUAUAGGAAACACUAAAACCACUUUUUUUCAUAAUCCCGACAGGUUAUCGGACCAGUACACGCUUUCACUGCGUACGUGAUUUAUUUAUUAAAAAUUGGGUGAAGUGAUUGAUCACAAGAUGGUGACAAAUAGAUUUACUUUAAGUGGAUCGACUCUUGUUUUAUGAUGAAAUCGCUGGCGAGGCCGGUGGACGCUAAAAAAUUCAAGAUGUCGGCCAACAGCGUCAUAAUAACUAUAGUACACGAGAAUCACGUGUAUUACAAUAGUAUGUUUAGAUCUUGAUUUCUAGAAGAUGUUUUAAAUUAAAUUCUAAAAAUGUCAGAGUCAGACAAAGCUCCACUGGUUAAUUAUGACAGUGAGGGAAGUUUUGAAAGGAUUGAAGAUCUUGAAGAUGUUGAACAGAAUCCUGAAAAUAUCGAACAAGAACCAGCAGUGAAAAUUAAGACUGAGAAAAAUGUGGACACUCUUCACAGUCUGUCACAGUUUCGCAAAUGAUUGAUUCAACAAGCAGAUGAAGGUAAUCCAAUAUCAUCAACAAAAACUGUUGACAUUAAAGAUGUCAAGGUGUCACUUGAAAGAAUAAAAAACUUCUCAACUCCUGUCAAACCAGGCCAGUCAACGAGUACAGAUGAUGGUAAAGAUGAUGGUACAGAUGAUGAUUUUAAAAACAAGAAUAACAAUACGAAGAUUAAGAUUAGAAGCAGUGAAAAGAUGUUAAUGCUUGGUAAUACGGAUUUAGAAGAUAUGAAGAGGUUUAUGUUGGAGUCAAACAAGCAGACUCAAGAAAUGGCAACAUCAAUUGGAAGAACAGCUAGGAGACUCGAGGAAGUCUCUUACGCAAUGUUAGAUGCCCUAAAGGUGAUGACAAAAGGGUAUAAAGCAGAGUUAGAUCGCGAAAAGACUAAAGGAGAAGCAGCUAAGUUAGAAGCAGAAAAGAAGACCGGAGACGGAGAAGAUACUGUCAAAGCACAGACAGCAAAAUUUGACAGUAAGACAAAAUGUUUCAGAUGUGCUAAGACUGGACAUAGAAUCGAGGACUGUACAUUGGCAAAAGAUUUGUGGUUUUGCUAUUUCUGCCAAGAUUUUAAAAAUCACAAGGGUAAAGAUUGCGACGAGGGAAGACUCAAAAAAAAACUUAACGACAGAAAGAAGUAGAGCAGUGGAAGCUGGACAUAAGAAAAUGGAGGGACUGUUGAGAAGACAAGAUUUUCAAGUCCACUUUCCUAAUUAUUAUUUAUUAUUCAUAUUAUAUUUUAUUUUUAUAUUUGCCUCUCAAAGCGACAACUAGCUUAUGAUUAUUAUUCUCAUUGAGACGGCGUCGGUCUACGCGAAGCCUAGCUGCGCAUACGACUCACUCUCUGGCUUGCUCGCCGUGGCUCGCACAUGUUGCUUGGACCCUUGUCGGUAUUACGUACUACUGCGUAGUUACAACUCAAGUACUUUUCUUAAUAUUGUUAACUAUAUAAUACGGAUAUUAUUUUGAUAUCAAAGAUUGUUUAGAAGUGUUUUAUAUUUAUCAGAAGAAUAAAUAAACUUAGAUUCAGUUUAAAUAAAACCUUGUGUUCCACUUUUAUUCAUAAUCCCGACAAAUUCCGAUAAAAAUUCUUUGUAAAACUAUUUAUCAGUGUGGAUUACGUCCGAGAAAAUUUAGUUAAUUUUAUAAAGAAUAUUCUGAGAAUUGAUUUAAUGUACUGAGUAUUAAACUCGUGGAAAUUUGGAAAUAAGAAAGAAGCGUCGGUUUUAAGCCGGAAUUUUAAGAAGUAAAUUAUGAAUUGUGAGAAUAAUUUAUGGUCUUUUUUUAUUGCGAGCUAAUGACUGAAUAAUUUUGGAAAAAUUUAACGUUGUAAAUUUUGAAGUUUAAUUUUUGUAAAUACGGAAAUAAAAAGUAAAGUAGGGUCAGUGAGUGUGUGAAGAUGCGUGGGUAAUGUGUGUGAAGAUCGUGCGGGUUGUGUGAGGCAUUUCUAGAGCGUGUGUGCCAAGUGGACAACGCGACGUAGUUAGAAGCCGUUGUAUAGACGCCAAGUGGGGUACAACGGUAGUAAGUUAGAAGCCGUGGUAUAGACGCCAAAUGGGGUACCACGGUAGUAAGAUAGAAACUGCAGUAAAGACGCUCAAGGGAGGGUACUGCAGGAUUAAGUUUAGUUUUAGGCAGGUGUGGGAGACCGUUCGUUCAGAAAAAGCCCAACUAGUUGUAACCAGGGUGUGGGAGACCGUCCGUUAGAACAUCCCAGCUAGUCAUUGUAUCGUCGUUUGGAAAAAGGGUCGUUUGUAAAUAUCGUUUAUUUCGCACUCAAUUCUCCGCAUCGUUAGGUAAUAAGUUGUUAGUUUAUAAGUGAGCUGAAUUGUCAGCAAAUUUGUUAAAGUUGAUUUGUUAUUAAUAAAAGUCCGGAUAUUGUUAAAUAAAAGUUUAUUCAU